AUGGGAUUUGGUGACUUCAAUUCGAUAUGCGAGAAGGUGCCGAUGCCGCUGUGCUCCCUAGUGGGCUCCGCGUCGUCGAUCUCCGGUUCCACAGGCAUCAUCUCGAACUGCUAUGCGCGAAACAUUGAGGUUGCGAAUACUAUCAUCUUCGAGGGCGCCGCCUCUUUUAUGCACAUCAUUGCGCUUGCUAUGACCGUGAUCAUGAUCCUGCAUAUCAGGUCCAAGUUCACGGCUGUCGGUCGCAAGGAAAUCAUUACCUUCUUCUAUAUCUUCUUGGCUCUCACGAUCUGCUCACUCAUCAUCGAUGCGGGUGUGGUUCCUCCCAGGAGCGGUCCAUUCCCGUAUUUCGUCGCGGUUCAGAGUGGGCUGGUAUCAGCCCUAUGCGCUUGUUUGCUUGUCAACGGUUUCGUGGGUUUCCAGUUGUACGAAGAUGGCACAGCACUCUCCGUGUGGCUGAUCCGAAUCAGCUCCGCGGCCAUGUUUGCUAUGACCUUUGUGAUUGCCCUAAUGACCUUCAAGUCAUGGGGUGGAUUGGGGCCUACAAACACCGUGGGUUUGUUUGUGGUGCUCUAUGUUCUAAACGCCAUCGCCGUGGCCAUCUACGUCGUGAUGCAAUUGUUGCUGGUUGUCAACACGUUGGAUGACCGCUGGCCGCUGGGUCACAUCUCAUUUGGGCUGCUAGUCUUCAUUAUCGGGCAAGUACUUCUCUAUGCCUUUAGCGACACCAUUUGCAACAACGUGCAACACUAUCUGGACGGCUUGUUCUUUGCCACUUUCUGCAACUUGCUUGCUGUGAUGAUGGUCUAUAAAUUCUGGGAUUCCAUUACCAAGGAAGACCUGGAAUUUUCUGUGGGUGUGAAGCCGAACACUUGGGAAGUGAAAGAACUGCUGCCCGAAGAGGAUCGGCGCCAAACCGUCUACCAAGACACCAACUCAGAGUACGCUGGCAGCAUGUACCACCACCGCCAGUCGACGUACGGUCACCAUCACUACUAG